AUGGGAGCUGAGAAGAAAUGGCUUUUUAGUCUUUUCUCUGUAGUGUUCAUCUCCAUCUUCCUCCUCUUACUCUACUCUUUAUCUGCUUUCACCUCUAAGCCUUUCCCUUCCCCUAUCCAUCACGGUCCUCAUUACCCGCCAGCUUUCGCUUACUACAUAACCGGAGGUCGUGGAGACGGUGACCGGAUCUUUCGGUUGCUUCUCGCGGUUUAUCAUCCUAGGAACUGGUAUCUUCUCCAUCUUGGCGCUGAAGCUACUGAAGCAGAGAGGCUAUCUCUUCUCUCGGAGUUGAAAACUGUUCCUGCUGUGAAUGCCUUUGGGAAUGUUGAUGUGUUGGGGAGAGUUGAUCGUCUCUCUGAGAAUGGUGCUUCUAAAACGGCUUCUACUCUCCACGCUGUCUCAAUCUUGCUGAAGCUUGGUCGCUCUUGGAACUGGUUCAUUGAGCUUAGUGCCUUGGAUUAUCCCCUCAUUACUCAAGACGACUUAUCUCAUGUGUUUGCCUCGGUGAACAAAAGCAUCAACUUCAUUGAUCAUACUAGUGAUCUUUCUUGGAAAGAAUCUAAGAGAAUCAAACCUAUUGUUGUUGAUCCAGCAAUUUACUUAGCCAGAAGAACACAGCUCUUCACUGCUACUGAGAAACGACCAACACCAGAUGCUUUCAAAGUCUUUACAGGCUCGCCUUGGAUUGUACUAAGCAGAUCUUUCUUAGAAUAUUGCAUCUUCGGUUGGGACAAUCUACCAAGAACCCUCCUUAUGUAUUUCAACAACGUGAUUCUCUCUGAAGAAUGCUACUUCCACACUGUUAUCUGCAACUCCCCUGAGUUCAGCAACACGACAGUCAACGGUGACUUACGUUACAUGAUAUGGGACAGUCCACCAAAGAUGGAGCCACACUUCCUUACCGUAACGGAUUACGAUCAGAUGUCUCAGAGUGGAGCAGCUUUCGCUAGGCAGUUCAAGAAAGAUGAUCCGGUUUUGGACAUGGUUGAUAGAGAGAUCUUGAAACGUGGACGUUACAGAGUGACUCCUGGAGCUUGGUGCACGAGGAGCCAUAGUAGCUGGUGGACUGAUCCUUGCUCUGAGUGGGGUGAUGUUAACGUGGUUAAAGCUGGUCCUCAGGCUAAGAAGCUGGAGGAGACGGUAAUGAAUUUUUUAGAUGAUUUGAUUUCACAAACGAGUCAAUGA